GGCUGGCAGAAGCGGAGCAGGUGCGCGGAGGAAAGGACUGACGGGAGAGGCAGGCAGGCAGGCAGGCAGGCCGGCGAUCCGGGAGGGAAGGCAGGCAGGCAGGCAGGCAGGCAAGAAGCAGGAUGGCCGGGCUCAGAGCCGAGUCUCCCCGGCGGAGGCAGCUUCACCCUCGGCGGAGGAGGAGGAGGGUGGCGACGGCGGUGCAGCCGGAGCCGCCCCCGGAGAGCCACCCCCCGUCCUCCUCUCUGCCGCUGCGCCUGCCCUUCUUCCCGCUCCAGCCGCAGCCUCAGCCGCCGCCUCCCUCCGCGUCGUGCCCGGCCUUCUCCUUCCCGCCCUCGCUGGCCCUCUUCCUCUUGGCCGCCGCCGCCGCCGCCUCCAUGCUGCCCACAGGUGACGGACAGAACUUGGUGACCGAAGACGUGACUGUGGUCGAAGGGGAGGUGGCCACCAUCAGCUGCAGAGUCAAGAACAGCGACGACUCUGUGAUCCAGCUCUUGAAUCCCAACAGACAGACGAUUUAUUUCAGAGACUUCAGGCCUUUGAAGGACAGCAGAUUCCAGUUAGUGAACUUCUCCAGCAGCGAGCUCAGGGUCUCGCUCACCAACGUCUCCAUCUCGGACGAAGGAAGAUACUUCUGCCAACUCUACACGGACCCUCCACAAGAAUACUACAUGACCAUUACUGUGCUGGUUCCUCCACGCAACUUAAGGAUUGAAUCCCAGAAGGAGACCAUCAUGGAGGGAGAAGAGGUUGAGCUGAAUUGCACCGCAAUGGCCAGCAGACCAGCCACGACGAUCAGAUGGUUCAAAGGGAGCAAGGAGCUAUCUGCAGGCAAAACAGAAGUGGAGCAGUGGUCAGACAUGUUCACAGUGACCAGCCAGCUUUCGCUGAAGGUCAAGCGAGAGGACGAUGGGGUCCCGGUCAUCUGUCAGGUAGACCACCCUGCCGUCAAAGACUUGCAGACCAAGUACUACCUAGACGUAAUGUAUAAGCCCGAAGUCCAAGUCUUGCAAAACUCCCCCGCUCAGCCGCUCACCAGAGAAGGGGACCUCCUUGACCUGCUUUGCCAAGUGAAGGGCAAACCCGAGCCCCUGGACGUGACGUGGAUCCGGGUCGACGACGAGAUGCCCCAACACGUUCUAGUGUCCGGAUCGAACCUCCACAUCGAGAGCCUCAACAAGAGCGACAACGGCACCUACCGCUGCGAGGCUUCCAACGAAGUGGGCACCUCCUUCUCCGAUUACGUCCUUUACGUCUACGAUUCCCCCACAACUCUCCCUCCACCCACAACAACCACCUUCACUACCAUCCCUACCACCACCACCACCACCGCCACAGACACAACGGCGGAGACAGAACCGGCGGUUCACGGCAUUACUCAGUUGCCCAAUUCCGCCGAAGAACUGGACUAUGGGGAUCUCUCAGAUUCCCGGGCAGGUGAGGAAAGCGCCAUCACCGCCGUGGACCAUGCAGUAAUCGGUGGCGUCGUUGCCGUGGUGGUCUUUGCGAUGCUCUGCCUCCUGAUCAUUCUGGGCCGAUACUUUGCAAGACACAAAGGUACUUACUUCACCCAUGAAGCCAAAGGAGCCGACGACGCGGCCGACGCCGACACCGCCAUCAUCAACGCCGAGGGGGGACAGAACAACUCCGAAGAGAAGAAAGAGUACUUCAUUUGAGGUCUCUCUUGGUUUCCAAGAAGCGCCCCCCUCGUGGCGGACGACCGAGAGACAGGCCCCGCGUAGAAGAUCAAAAGACAGUGAUGUUGGAAGUUGCUACCAGCUUAUGGCUCUUUUAAUUUUGUCUCUUUCUGUCUCUCUUCUUCCCCCAGAACUUCCCCUUUAUUUCUUUUAUCCCCCCUGUUUUUAUUCUUUUGGUUCCAGUGCUGUUAAUUUUGAGAACAAACAAACAAACAAACAAACCGAAACGGCUGGCAACGUGUGUCUGUGUCGCAGAAUCGAGGCACCCCCUUUCCCCCCCCCCCUUUGUGUAAAAAAGCGUUCUCUGUAAAGUACACUCUCCCUUGUCUUGGGGUUUUCUAAAUUACUCGGCCCAAGUCGUCCGGCUUGUCUUUAGUUUAGUCCUACCAUUCUGCAGAGAGAAAAUCUAGAUAUAUUUCCGUGCCUUCUUUUAUUUGGUCUUUCGCGGGGGAGGCGUGGAGAGCAAACGGUUCCCAUUCCCUUCGUAGUCUCUCUUGGAAAUUGCCUGCCUGCUGAGAUCCCUUGGAAAGAGAUAUAUUUCAUUUCCCUUCCCCCAAUUUCCCCUCACUUUCGGUUAUCCCUUCCACCCAAUGUUUUUAUCGCCGGGUUAUGAGUUUUUAAAAAUAUAUAUAUUUGUUUUGUUUCUGUUGUCGUUGUUGGAAAACUGUGUCAUCCGAGGAGAACCAGCACACCUUAGAUUUCAUCCGUUUGCAAUUCAGUGUAACCAUCCAUCCAUCUAUCCAUCCAACUCUCUUGUCAUAUGAAAACUUGGAAAAAGAAACUUUUUUCGGGAGAAUGGGGGGCAGAUGUCCAGGGUUUUCCAAGGCAAACCAAUGGUCCAGAUUGGGGAUCAGAGAGGGGGAGACCCCAUAUUUUGAUUUCAGGGUCUUCAGAGAGCGAAACAAGUCCCCCCACCCCGUCAUUGAAUCCGCUUUUACCGCAUUAGCAUCCCUUAUUCAUUCUGUCCGGACGGGGGCAACCAAGACAUCUUGUGUCCCCCCCUUGGCUACCAAGAUGGUUUGGGACUGGUCCUUUUGGAACAAAGGAAGCCAAUUCGAGUUGUCACCGGAAGGAAAAGUUAGAGAGGGAUCGAAAGGGGGGGAGGAGGGUCUGCUCUAAUUUUUUCCGUUCCAAAUGAUCCCGUCAGCGGCUCCCCACCGGCCUCACGUUUACUGUAAUUUGCUGGAAAUAAAAAUUCAACACAAACCUUUGUGAUGUGAAAAGAAUGUGAAUCGGCCAACGUCUGUUGUCGUUCUUGUUCCUAAUCCCCCCCCCCUCACUUCUUCUUCUCCUUCUUCUCCUUCCCCCAUUUUGGGUUUCCACUUUCUUAAAGAGGUCACAGGGAGAAGUCCUGAUUGCAGCCAGCAAGUAAUGUACAUUUACAGGUAUUUGUCCUGCUGAGAAAUCCAGCGUGAAACUUUCCACGCCGUUGGAUUUGACUUGAGAAAAGGCAGGAGGGGCGGGGGGGAGUCUGCGUUUGUUUUCAUGCUGAACUUCCCUGCGUCUCUGUUCAGAGAAAGGUCAGAGAAAGCAGCCUUCGUUUCCACUCACUUGAUCCAAACUCAAUACUAUAACUCCCUCUCUAUUUGCUAUCGUUGGCUUUGUUUUGGUUCCCUUUCCCCGACUCUAUACCUUCUGUUUCCGCAGAUUUGGGGGCCAUCUAGUCCUGGCCAAGAGAAGACCCAAUGGGUGCAUCUACACUGCCCAAUUAAUGCAGUUUGAUACCUGUUUUAUAGCCAUGGCUCAUUGCUAUGGGAUGUUGGGCUUUGUAAUUGUAACAGUCUUCUUUUGCAAAAGGACUGGUAUCUCCUCAAACAAUAAUUCCCAUGAGCCACGGCAAUCAAAGUCGCGUCAAAGUUCAUUAAUCUUACCAUGUAAACGCAGCCGAAGACCCAGCAGACCUUCGAGUUCUCAGGAGCAGAGAGAACUAGAAUUAUAGGAUGCUCAAUCCCUUGUUUCUUUCCUUUCCUGGGGAGGGAACUUAUAUUUAUUGCUUUUUGACAUUUCCUUUCUUUUUCUCCCCCCUUAAUAGGGACCUGAGGCACCUUUAAAGAGCCCCCACCUCUUUAAAAGCAAAUUAUUUUACAAAUUCCAGGCCCAGUUGGGAAUGCGAUGAGACUUUGUAGGAAGGGUCCCCAUUGGCUGAUUCACAGGGAAGGAAGCACUUCGAUGGGGGAGCAAGAGAGAGAUAGCACCUCUAACGUCCGUUCGAUUUGCUUCUUUUUUUUUAAGGAAAAUUAAAGGCUUUUACAAUAUAUAUUUAUUUUUUAAAUUAUUGGCAGAAUGGUUUAGACCAGGCAUUGGCCAACUUGGGCCCUCCAGGUGUUUUGGACUUCAGCUCCCAUAAUGUGGGUAUGCAGAUGAUCCCUUGAUUGACUGAAGGGUCAAUUCCCAAGAAGACAAAGGCAUGGGCCAACUUGGGCCCACCCUCCAAGGGUUUUGGACUUCAGCUCCCAUAACAUGGGUAUGCAGGUGACCCUUUGAUUGACUGAACUGUCAAUUCCCAAGAGGACAAAGGCAUGGACCAACUUGGGCCUUCCCUCCAGGUGUUUUGGUCUUCAGCUCCCAUAACGUGGGUAUGCAGGUGACCCCUUCAUUGACUGAACUGUCAAUUCCCAAGAGGACAAAGGCAUGGGUCAAUUUGGGUCCCCCCUCCAAGUGUUUUGGACUUCAGCUCCCAUAACGUGGGUAUGCAGGUGACUCCUUGAUGGACUGAACUAUCAAUUCCCAAGAAGACAAAGGCAUGGGCUAACUAGAGGGCUGAAGUUGGCCCAUGCCUGGUUUCGACACUACCUUUCUCUCUGCGAUUCCUUUUGCCCUUUGGUUGGAUCAGGGAACGCUCCAACGCUUGCCUUUCCUCCCCGUUUCCCACCUUGGAAACCAUGAGAAACCCCUUCCCGGCCUUUCUUUGGGACGAAACGAAACAGCACGAAGUAUCGGCGUUUUUUUCGGACCAAGAUGGCAGAAGGAAGGGUCUUUGGGGGGGAAGGGGUUCGUCUUUUUUCUACGCAUCGACCGCCCGAAACCGACAUCCCGUUUUCCCUGAGCAGUUAGUUCAUCUUUGUUUCCGGAAGUGUACAGUAGUGCGGUGUUUUAUUCCCGAUAAUGUAACUUUUUCGACUUUUAAAUAAUGUUUGACAUGUCUCAGGUUCAUGUGUUUUUGGAUUGGUGUGUUCCGUCUCAGGUAGAUUGCGAAAACCUUUUUUCGGCCCCACUCUCAACGUCGGACGAGAACGAGCCAGCGCGCCAGGAAAUAAAUAAGAAUAACGUUUAACGGCUUUUUUAUUUUUAGUUGCGUACACGGAGCCUGAAAAGGGAAACUUUGGGGCUUCCGCAAAGUAUACCGUGCACUGUUUGAAAUGUAUUGUUAGGUACUGAUUUGUACAGGUUUAGAUUACAAAAAGAGGUUUUAUUUUCUGUUUCGUUUUUUAGUUCAGAGCGGAGAAAGAACAACCUUGUUUCUUGGGCUUUUGCGGUUUUGAGUUUUGUUUUGGGUUUUUUUGGUAUUUUGACAACAAAAAAAGAGAAAGAAAAUGUUGGAAAGCGAAACGAAGGGUGCAUAAUUGAUGCCAAAUAAGCUUGUUCUUUUCUCCCCGUUUUUCUUCUCUGUUUCCCCACGUUUUUAUUUCUUUUUCUUCCCUCCCCUUCCCCCCCCCCCCCCCCACUUUAGGCCGAUUCUGUUUUAAGAUGUCCAUGGAUGAUGUUGCAGUGUAAGAAAACGCAUAUCCAUCUCUUCCCAUUCACAUUUUGUAUUGGUUCAUGUAUACCAUUUUUACAAAGAGGAGAAAAAAAAAAGAAGUACUAUAAAGUUAUCUGUCUUCUUAAUAAAAAGAAAUUAAUGUUACAAAACUA